AUUCUCCCCUCCAUGAUGGGUCCUCCCCCGCCACCUCCCCUAGACGGCCGGGCCGGGCAGCAGGAGAAGGACGAGGAAGGUGGAGAGCGUCAGUAAGGUGUGAGCAGUGAGUGAGAUGAACACAGAAAAGCAAGUGAACACUUCUGAUGAACAAGCUAAAUACAAGUGAACAUUACAAUUGAACAAGCAACAAAAAGAAGUGAACAGUAGAUUUUAGACUAAGCAGCUGGCGCAAAGACUUAAAACCACCUAAAAGCAAGAGGUAAACCAGUUAGACGCCUGCAAGGUAAACUUCGUAAACAGUGCGGCGUAAGAGUAGUGUUGAAACCCAUCACCGGUAAGUGUGCGCGCGCGCAGUGUGAACACGCGCCCGUCAUAAACAAGGUGGGCGUGAGGAUAACCACCCAUCAUAGCGGGGUGGGCGUGCAGUGAGGCUUCACGCCCAUCUUCGCCCGGUGAGGAUGUGGCGUGCGGGCGUGGCACUGGUGUUGGCCGUGUGGGUGGGCGUGGCGACUCCCGCCGGUGCACCCGCGCCUGAUGUUACGCCAGACCCGGCACCCAAACCCAGCGCCCUACUCCUCGCACCUAAAGGUGAGCUUCCCUUCAGUGACGUCACCUCUUCAGACUGUCCGCUCUACAACGUGCACGGGGAGCUGCAGGGCGUGAAGAGACACGGCCAGACUUGGUACAACGACGGCUCCCGCUGUGAAAUAUGCCGGUGUCUUCACGGCGAGAAGAGCUGCCUCUACCACUACUGUAAUGUUGGCCCGACCGAGGUGUUCAUGACCCCACCUUCAGGUCAACCGCCACUGGACGACGAAGAGGACUUCAACGACCUGUCGGAAGGUUCCGGCCGCCUUCCUGACGACUUCUACAAGAUCUUCCACAGUUCUGAAGGAGCAGGUGGUCAGCAGGAAGCGGCAGGGAAGAAAACUGACAAGGAUGCCAGAGACAAUGAAACCCACCACCCCAUUUCCUCUCACUUCUGUUCCCCUCCCUGCCAGAAGCUCUGUCUACAUGGCUAUAAGGUGGAUGAGAUGAUUGGGUGCCGUAAGUGCAAAUGUCACAAGUGUGCGAGCAUGCGCAGGUGCAACCUCCAGUGCCCCGGAGGUCUGGCGCAAGACUACCAUGGCUGUCGCAUCUGCCAGUGCCAGAGCCCCAAACUAGCUGUGUUCACAGCUUCACAUGAUAAUGAUGACUUUGUUGUUGAGGAGGGUGUGGGGAUAGGUGUGAGUGGUGGCGUGUAUGUCACUGCCAACACCGACCCACCUUGCAACACCACACCAGGUGUGAGUGGGUGUAGCGACGGUCACAGGAUGUACCCAGUAGGUGCCAGGUGGGUACGAGGACCUUGUGUAUCGUGCAGCUGCAUCGCUCAUGGCUACACCCAGUGUAACAUAACCCAGUGUCCCCGAGCACCCUGCCCGGACCGUCAAGAUGACACCACCAUGCUGCUCCAGGCUGCUCAUCCAUGCUGCCCACCUUGUACAGACCCUGCGACCAGUGGCCAUUCCCACCAGAAUCACCAGCAUGAAGGCAAGAGUACAUCCUGGGAGCCGCUAGAUCGUCUGCCAGCCACACACCAACACUCCCACACGUCCACUCCUGACCACCUCUCACAACAUAGAGCUGCUAGCGAUGGAACGACCAAAAGUGCUGUGCAAACACUACCAGUGGAGUGGACGCAGCUGUGCCUCACCAUUGUACCGCUGGUGCUAGUCUUCCUGCUGGUGGCCGCUCUAAUCUUCUACUACUGGCGGAGGUACCACAGGGACAAGUACGACAUCAAUGCCUACAGACCAGCCGAGACCGAGAAACUCAGGCCAGUGAAGACACCUGAUGACCAGUUCCAUGUGAGGCACGUGUGACCCAGAUGGGUAGAGGAAUCAAAGAUUUGAGCAACCUAAGACAGAAAGAACUGUGAAUAAUGUAAAUUAUAUGAAAAAUAAUAUUUAAUAUAUAGAGUACAGUAUUUCUCCAUCACAUUAACCUAAAUGAACAUACAGAAAAAUGGAUGUGUAGAUGUUUUUAAAUAAGUGAAUUAACAAAGCAAUGUAAUCUGAAUACAUUUCAUUAACUUUUUCUAUUUAGAGAUUCAAAAAAAUUAUGUGCCAUAGAUAUCAAAUUUACUAAACCUAAUUUUGGACAUAACAAGUGUGUGGAGAAUGAAAUUACAGUAGUAUUAAGAUGCAUUUUCUUUUUGAAAAUGUGGUGGAUAUUAUGCGUUGUACGGAAUGCUCAGUGCAGACGAAACAGUUGUGCAUGCUGGAGUGUUGUCCCAGCAGUGGUGAUAACGCUGGACAUUAUUACCAGCAAUAAUAUGUCACGAGAAAAUCUUUGGAGCAGAGCGGUGGAAUUCAACGCACGUACUACGGCACCCCCGAUACCCAUCUUGCCCACUAGUCCUGCUCCAACCAUUUACUCACCGAUAUAUCACAUUAUUGAGAUAUUUAUAUCAUUUUGCACCAUCUUCAGUGUGCAUAAAUGUGUGAUAAUUUGAGUAUAUGCCAAUAUACUUAAUUUCCAACAUCAAGUUAAAGUUAAAUAUACCAGUAUAUAAUACUGUAGUCUUGUACCGGUAUACAGUUAUGGAUAUUACAGUUAUGAAACACAACUGUAUUAAAUAUGUAAUUAGUAAUAUAUUAUAAAGAAAUACUUUUUUGUAGUACAGUAGAUAUCAUAGAAAAGUCAAUUUCUGGAAGUUUUAGCAUGAAGGAGUGUUUAUAGGCCAACCAGAAGCAUUUUACACCGUGCAGUUGACAGCCAGUCUUACUAUAAUAGGCAAUGUCAAAUAUUUAGACAAUGUAUAGCAGGGAAAGUUUAAAUAUCGCUGUGCAGUAAAGCAACUUCUUUGGCUGUUCUCAUAGAGGUUGGUCUUGGCCUAGUGUCUCAUUAUAGGGGUUGGUCUCUCUUAUGGAGAGUCUCAUUUUAGGGGUCGUUGGGCUUUGUUCUUCCUUUUGAUACUUGCUGACUAUAGCCUUUGGCUUGAUUUCCAUUGUCAGAGACAGAAAGCCUGUAUUUAGGUUAAUCAAGGUCUCCUCCUAGGCCAACUACUGACCCUCCCCAGGAUGCAACCCACAAGUUACCUAACUCCCAGGUAUCUAUUUACUGUUAGGUGAACAGAUGCAUCAUAUAAAAGGAAAUAUACCCUGCCAUCUGUCCUGCCUGGGAAUUGAACCUGGGACCCACGAUUGUGAGUGAACAACGUAGACCACUGUGCCACAGGAGCCUUUGAAGCUAAUACAGUAUCCAGGCCAGAUUGGUAGUAGACUUACUUCACACUUGUUACUGUUUAAUAAUUCAUACAGAAUUUCUUGUUUACCUUUGACAGCACUAGAGCACUGUUGUACAGUAUUUGUCAAAGUCAAAAAUGUGCAAAAGUUUCUUAUGGACCUGUGGCCUGCUACGGGGUUCAUAGGUUUUGGAGGCCCUGGUAAUGACUAUUUUAUUGACUGCUGUAUUUACUGACAGUUCUAUCAUUAUGCUGAUUCUUUGAAUAAUCAUUAUUCCUUGGAAACCUCUAAUUAUAACCUGUUCAUAGUCACAAUUGUAAAUAAGCACAGUAUUAAGAAAUGUUUCCUCGCAGUUAGUACAGAAGACCACACCUUUAAACUACAUGCUUUAUUAUUGACUUUGGCCUAUGAUAUCUAAAAUAUGAUCAUUUUGACCUAGCAUUGCUGUGACCCAACUCUGGGACUUUGUUUGGUGUUAGCUUGUAGAAACUAAAACC